AAAACAUCGAAAACUGGAAAAUGAACAGUUUUCUUCUUCCCUGACUGAUCGUACGACUCGGAGAAAUGGCACCGAAGAAGAAACCUCAGAAGAAGAAUCAAACCAACAACAAACCUACUCCUACUUCUUCAAUUCCGAAUUCAAACCACAAGAAACCAUGUAAAGUCCCUAAGCUUCUGAUUUCUCCUGAGGACGAGGAUCGCUUGCGACGGCUCCUCCUCAACUUUCGCCGGACCGCUUCUCCGGUUAGGUCUCCUGUCCAUAACGCGCUCUCUAAGGCUCACAAGAAGAAGAAACUCAUUAAUCUCUACGAGAAACUCUCUUGCGAAGAGUUUUCAGAUGAUCAGAUUGAAUCCGCUCUCUCCUCUCUCACAGAUGGUGCGACGUUUGAGAGUGCAUUUGACUGGCUGUGUUUGAACUUUCCGAGUCACGAGUUGCCGUUAAAGUUUUCUUGUGCAGCUUCUCAUUUUCCUACUACAGGAGGUUCUGUGAGUGUGAUAACGAGCAAAAGGAAAGAUUGGAACCAACCUGCUGCUGAAUCUUCCCACAAAGACGGGUCUUCGGGUGAAGAAAAGCAGGAGGAGCUUGAAGUUUUAGUUCAAGUGAAGGGAAAGCGAGAUGAAGAAGAUACACUUAGUUCUUGCCAUUCAUCUCAAGCUGAUUGGAUUCGUCAGUACAUGAGAAGACAGGAAGAGGUGUCUGGUCCAAGGCCUUUCGAUGUGAUUGCCGAAGAAUAUUGUUUGGAAAGAUCUGAUGCUAUAAAAGCAAAGCGAAAGGGUGAUGCAAGUAGACAGAAGCAAGCAGGCCUAGCCAUUUGCAAGCUCAAGCAAGAGUUGCCUGGGAUAUCAGAAGCAAUGUUAGAAUCUGAGUUUCUGCGUGAACAAGCUUUUGAAGACGCUUCAGAAAAAGAAGUAACAUCCCCCAAGCGUGAUGACGUUCAUGAGUCAGUAAUUGCUGAUGCUCUCUCUAUUCAGCUGUUAGAUGACAUGAACUUGGAUGCAAAUCUUGUUGGAAGCCGGAGUUCUGAGAAAAUUCAACUUAAAGCUCUUCCCUUAAGUUCCUCAGGACAAGAUAUAUUUGAUGACAUGGAGCUUGGGGAUUUGUUCUCAGAAGAUGUUCCCCCUUAUGAACCUUCGCCUCAUGAACUCCUGGAACUACAGAAGAAGGAAAUUAUGAGAGAACUACAGAAUGAGACACAUCUUGGAAAGCUGGAGGGUAUCUGGAAGAAGGGUGAAGCCCAAAAGAUUCCAAAGGCAUUGCUUCAUCGCCUGUGCCAAAAGUCAGGGUGGGAAGCACCGAAGUUCAAUAAAAUAACUGGGGAAGGAAGCAAUUUCUCAUAUACUAUAAGUGUUAUGUGUAAAUCCAGUGGAUAUGGUAAAAGCAAACAAGGUGGAGGUUUGGUAACUAUUAAACUUCCUCAUCAAGUUGACGAUUUUGCAUCUAUCGAGGAUGCACAAAAUAGAGUUGCGGCAUUUGCUCUUCAUAAGUUAUUUCCUGAUUUGCCUGUUCACUUUGCAAUAACUGAGCCUUAUGCCUCUUUAGUUUUGGUCUGGAAACAAGAGGAAUCAUUGGGUAUACAAAGCAGAGAAGAAGAACGAAGAGAAAAGUUUGUUGACAGCUUGCUUGAGGCCCACAAUUUCACCUUGAACGCUUUGCCGAGUGGCAUGCACGGGGUAUUUCAACUGGUAGACUCAUGCGUCAAAGAGAAUGACGACUUGAAUGUUGUCAAAUCCAACCAUAUAGCUAAAAGAAAUAUUUCCAUGGAAGCUGUAUGUUCUUCUCUUAAACGAAGACAGGAAAACAAUAAGAAAACGCAGAAGUACAAGAAUAUGUUGAAAACUAGAGAUGCUCUUCCUAUAUCAGAAGUAAAAAAUGACAUACUGCACCAUCUGAAAGAAAAAGAUGUCUUGGUGGUGUGUGGAGAAACAGGCUCUGGAAAGACUACACAGGUUCCGCAAUUCAUAUUGGAUGAUAUGAUUGAUUCGGGGCAUGGUGGAUACUGUAAUAUUAUAUGCACACAACCAAGGGUGAUGGCAGCUAUCUCCGUUGCCCAAAGAGUUGCUGACGAGCGCUGUGAGUGCCCUCCAGGCUUAGGUGACUCCGUGGUAGGUUAUCAAGUUCGUCAUCAAAGUGCAAGGAGUAACAAUACAAGGCUGCUGUUUUGUACUACUGGCAUUCUACUGAGGAAACUUGCGGGGGAUAAAACCUUGAAAGAUGUUACACAUAUUAUAGUAGAUGAAGUGCAUGAGCGGUCUCUUACGAGUGAUUUCCUUCUCAUCAUUUUGAAGCGACUGAUUGAGAAGCAAGCCUGCGAUAGAUCAUCACCUAAACUGAAAGUUAUCCUUAUGUCUGCAACUGUAGAUGCCAAUCAAUUCUCAAGAUAUUUUGGGCAAUGUCCUGUACUUACGGCUCAAGGACGAAUGCACCCAGUUACUUAUCACUUUCUGGAAGAUAUCUAUGAGAAGACUAGAUACCUUCUGGCUCCAGAUUCUCCUGCUGCACUAAGAUCUGACACGUCCAAUAAAGACGAGCUUGGUUCUUUGAAGGUCCGUGGUCGAAAGAAAAAUCUUAUGUUGGCUGGCUGGGGAGACAAUUAUUUGGUUACAGAGGACUGUCUCAACUCGUCUUACGUUUCCAGUAAUUACGAAUCUUACAGUGAUCGCACGAAAGAAAAUCUGAAAAGGUUAAAUGAGGAUAUUAUUGACUACGAGCUUCUUGAAGAGUUGAUAUGCUACAUUGAUGGCACUCAUGAGGAAGGAGCCAUUCUUGUAUUCUUGCCUGGAAUGCCAGAAAUUAACAUGUUACUAAAUAGGUUAGCUGCUUCCCAUCGUUUUCGCGGACGUGCUAAAGAUUGGCUUCUUCCUCUACAUUCUUCGGUUGCACAUACAGAACAGAAAAAUGUGUUUCUGCGCCCCCCUAAAGGAAUACGAAAGGUAGUUAUCGUAGCUACAAAUAUUGCAGAGACCAGUAUAACAAUAGAUGAUGUGGUGUAUGUGAUUGACAGUGGCAAACACAAGGAAAACCGCUAUAAUCCACAGAAGAAAUUAUCAAGCAUGGUGGAAGAUUGGAUAUCUAAAGCAAAUGCAAGGCAAAGAGCGGGAAGAGCUGGACGUGUCAAACCUGGAAUUUGCUUUUCAUUGUACACACGCCAUCGGUUCGAGAAGCUUAUGCGUCCCUAUCAGGUACCUGAGAUGCUGCGAGUGCCUUUAGUAGAACUGUGUUUACAAAUCAAAUUGAUUGGCUUGGGUUACAUUAAGCCUUUUCUAUCCAAGGCAAGUGACACCAUUUUUCAUGAAGGUGCUAUAAACUCUGCAAUUUCAUUGUUGCACAAGGUCGGUGCUAUUGAAGGGGACGAAGAUUUGACACCACUUGGGCAUCAUUUAGCAAAACUUCCUGUUGAUGUGUUGAUUGGAAAGAUGCUGUUAUAUGGUGCCAUUUUUGGUUGCUUAUCACCUAUUCUCUCGGUUGCUGCUUUCUUGAGCCACAAAUCGCCAUUUACAUAUCCCAAAGAUCAGAAGCAAGAUGUGGAUCGGGUGAAACUUGCUCUUUUGUCGGAUAAACCGGAGAGUUCGAGUAAUGUAAACAACAAUGACAGACAAUCUGAUCACCUCCUUAUGGUGGUUGCUUACGAGAAAUGGGUGAAGAUAAUGCAUGAGGAAGGAACUCAAGCUGCAGAGAGGUUCUGUGACUCAAAGUUUAUUAGUAGCUCAGUGAUGCGGACGAUAAGUGACCUGAGGAUAGAGUUUGGCACUUUACUUGCCGACAUCGGGCUCAUCCAUCUUCCUAAAAGUAAAACAGAAGAGAGAAGGAAGGAGAAUCUUGAUGUUUGGUUUUCUGACAGAACUCAACCUUUCAAUAUGUAUUCACAAGAACCUGAAGUUGUUAAGGCUAUAUUAUGUGCGGGGCUAUGUCCUAAUAUCGCAGAAGGAUUGGUUAAUCGUUUAGCAAAGCCAGAAAAACAAACACAGCGCUACGCAGUAUGGCAUGAUGGAAGAAGGGAAGUCCAUAUCCAUCCAACCUCUAUUAACAAAAACUGCAAAGCGUUUCAAUACCCUUUCCUUGUAUUCCUUGAUAAGGUUGAAUCAAAGAAAGUAGUAUAUCUGCGAGAUACAACCAUUGUUUCUCCUUUUUCCAUUCUUCUCUUUGGUGGCUCAGUCGAUGUUCAUCAUCAGAGUGGAUCAGUCACCAUUGAUGGGUGGUUAAAGCUAGCAGCGCCAGCUCAAACCGCUGUUUUAUUCAAAGAGCUCCGGUUAACACUCCAUUCCAUUCUCAAAGAUCUCAUCCAAAACCCCGAGAAAUCUGGUAUUGUCCACAAUGAAGUCGUUAAAUCUAUGGUCCAUAUUCUUAUAGAAGAAGGUAAAGCCGCUACAUGCACCAAAAUGUGCAGUGUGUAAGAAGAGUUGAAGACGCAACUUUGAUACUACUGUGACUUCUCUAGCGAAAAUACAGUUUGUAAAUUAACUGCCACAUACUUUUAUGAUAUGUAAGUUGUAGUACGA